AUGGGACCGCUCGGAGUUGCAGCCAGUGAACCACCCCAGCUUCAGGACAACAUGGCGACAAAAUCUCCCACCAAUAUUCCUUUGUCGAGCUUCGAAGAUACCAGCAUACUCGUAGAUGAAUCUGACACCGACGAAAUGGCCGUAAAUAGCCCAGAGGAAGUUGAUGAGUCUCUCAUCGAGCUCUCGAUCAGUCCUGUAGCCACUAGGAUGAGGUCUUCACAGACUCCAGCGAUCGAGAAAGCUGUUGCAAUGGAAGAGGGCAGAGGUUAUUUCGAUAGCGGCCCAGAUUCACCACCCAUAGAGGAACAAGAACAAGGCUUGGAGGAAUAUAUAUCGGAAUCCCCUCAUGGGUCGGAGAAAUUGCGUCUAGCUGAGGAAAACGAAAGCCCAGCGUCUCGUACACAACCACCGAAGCUACCCAGCCUGCCUUCACCAACACUCGAAAAUUCAGCACUGCCAACUCCGUGGCAAGCCGGACCUAAGCCAUUCAAUUUGCCUCGACAUGAAAUACAACCCUCCUUGGCUGGCGUUUUUAGUUCGUCGAGAACAAGGUCACGAUCAGGUGGAGCGGAAGCACUCAAGAAAUUUCUACCUAAGGGAUUGCCAUCAAUGUCACAAGUAGGAAAUUACUUUGGCUCUACUACUAUCCUCCCGGGGCAAAAAUCACCAAACUCGUCAAAUGGUUCGCGAUCCAACCGCUCCUCGACCAUGUUCACAACAAGUAGUCUCCAUAGGAACGAAUCCUCCCCUCAACGACGGACAUUUCAGUCGAUUAUCACAUCAAAACCACAGGCACCCGCAGAGCAACCUCUGCGGCCCAAAAAUGUUAGACGCUCAACCUCUGACAACUCACUUCUGUAUCACUCGCUGUCACGAGCUUCCUCACUCGGCGACGAUACCCGAUUUGAAAAACAGACUGAACAAGUCAACUCUCGGGCCAAAGCGAUUAGAGAUUCGUUACAAGACAGGUCCAGCUUUAGAAUGCCCCAAAUUCCCAGCAUCGCAUCUUUAAAAUCUAUGCCGACAAUGCCAAGUAUGCCCAACAUGCCUCGCGUACCCAGUUUUAGUUUUAAUAUGAGUUUUUUGACUGCGAAUAGCGUCCCUGCGAAAUGGAGGAACGAAGCUGAUAAAGGACCAGAUCUUAUAGCAGGCAACCUAAACAAUACGAGGCCUUCGGCCCUUCCUAUUUCAUCUAGAGCCACGGAUUCAUCACAAUCUGCUCAAAGUGGUAAUGCACUUCCAAACAGCCAAUCUCUAAACUCUUUUGAUAGUGCCUUGGAAUCCUUAACUGGAGAUAUUGUCAUAAUGGGAGGCUAUCGAGGCUCUGUUCUAAGGUCUACCAAGAACAACCGGCAAGUGUGGGUGCCUGUCAAGGUUGGACUCAACAUAAGAAAGGUAGAUUUGGAAGUUGGGCUUGAGCCAGAAGACGAAGAGAGGAUGGAAGAAACAAUAUAUCCCUCGGGUAUGCUUCAGAACAUUGGGCCCGUUGACAUAUCAAGGCGACUAUUCAAACGCCUCAGCGAAUGCGAAAAUGCUCGAAACGGAAAAUUAAGGGUCUGGGAUUAUGGUUAUGACUGGAGACUUUCCCCGCAUCUCCUAAGUCGAAAAUUAACGAAGUUUUUAGAGGGGCUGCCUUCCAACCAACCUACAAACGGCGGAGCUGCACAAAAUGUGCGUGGAGCUCUGGUGAUUGCGCAUAGUCUAGGAGGCCUCAUCACACGACACGUUGUCAACCAUAGACCCGAACUUUUUUCCGGUGUUAUAUAUGCCGGGGUGCCACAAGCUUGUGUAAAUAUUUUGGGACCUCUUAGGAAUGGAGAUGCGGUCUUGUUGAGUUCCAGAGUCUUGACUGCGCAAGUAAAUUUCACAUUACGCACCAGCUUCCUCUUACUUCCCGAGGACGGCGGAUGUUUCAUUGAUUUGAAAACCAGAGAGCGAUAUCCUGUUGAUUUCUUUAGCUUGGAUGAUUGGAUCAAAUAUCGGUUGUCCCCAUGCACUGAUCCGCCAUUACCACCCAAGAAUCCCCCACCUUCCGGCGGCUUCGGAAGCUUAAUCAACAUGUCAUCGAGUCUUCUAAGCCUCCCCAACUCGGCGAAGAAGCUUAAUUCGGGACCUUCCAGCCCAACAGUUGGGAGCUUCGAGUCAGAAACCCGAUCAUCACCCACCAAAACAAGCAAAGCCGCGGAUUUCCUGCGAAAUGCCGAGAAUGGAACUGAUCGGACCCUAGCCCCUCAAAUGGGCAGCAACACCAACCCCGUCACCAAAGGCCAAUCUAUCAACCAAUCCAUCUCCACAACCGUCACCAUCCCCCGUGACAAAGCAAUCACCUACCUCAAACGCACUCUUGCAGAAACCAAACAGUUCAAGCAAGAACUUCAUUUCAAACCUGAGCUCUCGGAAUCCAAUCGCUAUCCACCUCUUGCUCUGAUCUAUGGGAAAUCUAUCCCUACGGUUUAUGGAGCGAAGGUUGAUGGCAGGGAUGGGAUCCCGUGCUCGGAUGUUUAUGAUAAUUUGGCGUUUGCAAGUGGGGAUGGGGUGUGUCUUGCUAAGGAGGCGAUGUUGCCGGAGGGGUAUAUGGUUGUUAGGGGUGGCAGAGUCAGUAGUGAUAGGGGACAUCUGACGCUUUUGGGAGAUCUAAAUGCGGCUGGGAGGGCGUUGCUGGCGGUUGUCAAGGGGAGGAAGAAAGGGAUUGGGAUGGGUGAUGUCAUGGAGAAUGUUGAGAGCUAA